AUGUGCCCGGUGAACGUUCUGCUCCUCCUCCUGCUCCUUCCUCUGCACACCGUCCAACAGUGCACGGUUCAGCCGCCGUCACCGCGUCAUCCGAACAUUGUGGUGCUGAUGAUCGACGACCUGGGCUACGGUGACAUUGGCGCCUACGGCCACCCGACACAAGAGUACACGCAAGUGGAUCGGAUGGCCUCGGAGGGGACGCGCUUCACGCAGGCCUACUCGGCGGACAGCAUGUGCUCGCCGAGCCGCGCCGGAUUCAUCACUGGCCGCCUGCCGAUUCGAUUAGGAAUCGUGGGCGGGCGACGAGUCUUCAUUCCGUACGACGUGGGAGGACUGCCGAAGAGCGAGACGACGAUGGCGGAGAUGCUGAAAGAGGCCGGGUACGUGACUGGAAUGGUCGGCAAGUGGCAUCUGGGCAUCAACGAGAACAACUCGACCGAUGGAGCGCACUUGCCCUCGAAGCGAGGAUUCGACUACGUCGGCGUGAAUCUUCCGUUCACAAACGUGUGGCAAUGCGACGACACGCGCGAGUUCUACGACAAAGGACCCGAUCCAUCGCUGUGCUUCCUCUACGACGGAGACGAUAUUGUGCAGCAGCCGAUGAAGUUCGAGCACAUGACCGACAACCUUGUCGGCGACUGGAAACGCUUCUUGCUCACCCGCAUCGCACAGGAUCAACACUUGAAACCCUUCUUCUUCUACUUCUCCUUUCCCCAAGUUCAUUCCACCCAAUUCGCCAGCAAACGGUUUAGAGGAUCGUCUGUUCGAGGCAUCUACGGAGACUCGAUCAACGAGAUGUCGUGGGCCGUCGGCGAGGUUCUCGACAGUUUGGUGAACGCCGGAAUCGCUGAAAACACCCUGGUCAUUCUGAUGUCCGACCACGGACCGCACGUGGAACUGUGCUUGAACGGAGGAUCGACCGCCGGCCUCAAAGGCGGCAAAUCGAACAGCUACGAGGGCGGCUUUCGGAUUCCGUUCAUCGCCUGGCAACCAGGAACCGUCAAAGCGGCCAGGGUGUCCCACGAGGUCAUCACAAGCAUGGACCUGUUCCCGACGUUCAGAGCGAUGCAAGAUGAGUGUCUGUUCGAGAAGGAGCCGCUGAUUUCCGACGGAAUCAACAUUGGCGACGAGUUGCGCGGAGAGACUGACGACGAGGAGGGCAGUUACGGAAAAGCGCGUCCGAUUUUUUAUUAUUGUAACACUCACCUGAUGGCGAUUCGGAUAGGCGACUACAAAGUGCACUACAAGACGUCUCCAAUCUUCCUGAACACUUCUGUCGACCCGAAUCUCGAUUAUUUCUGUCCGAAUGGAAAGCCAAAGUCGGAUUGGUCAGUUGUGUCCUGCCCAACAAUCCUGUGUAAUAAAAUAUUUUGUUUAGGUACGUCUCGCAAGUUUGUCCGGAUGAACAUCUUCAGAAGCACUACCCUCCUCUCGUCUUCGACCUGAUUCGCGAUCCCUACGAGCAAUACCCUCUGCAAAACACUGUCAAGUCACAAGAGGCAAACACAUUGAUUGAUGUGCUUGAAAGGUUGAGUGGUCCUUUUUCAGAUUAGAUUCCAAGCGAUGCAGCGGCUCACUGAGCACAAAUCGACGCUGGUCAAAGUUCCGAAUGUGCUCGGCAAUUUCAACAAAACAGUGAGUGAUGUUGAACGCCGUCUACUUCUCACUCGAAACGAAACCACCUAUUACAGUUGAUUCCCUGCUGCAAUCCGCCGAGUUGCAAGUGCGACAAGCUGUCGCGACCGAGCGAGUCCGACGAGAGUCGGCCAGAGUACGUGGGUCUUGUGCCUGAUCUCGAUCGGACCGAGUACGAACUGCUGCACAGAUUCUUCUAA